CUCAGCACUGUGGGGGGGAGGAGCAAACUCUGAUCCUAUUAAAGGCAUUAGCAACAUUCCAGGGUACCUCAUUCUCCCUCUGUACCACUUCCUGCCUCUGGUCUGGAUCCUUUCCCAGCCAUGUAACUAAGUGCGUGCCUUACAGUGGGAUAAAAUGAAGCCAUAAAGGACGGCAAUAGAGAUACAGAGGAUCAGCCAACGUUAAACACACACGGUGUUAUUGCCAUGGAGACAGUGGUUAUUGUAGCAAUUGGGGUCCUCGCAACAAUCUUUUUGGCAUCGUUUGUGGCUCUAGUGGUUGUCUGCAGACAUCGUUAUUGUCAGUCCAGCCGCCUCUUACAUCAGUUCGACUCGAAACCGACAGUGGACCUCAUUGGAGCGAUGGAGACCCAAAGCGAGCCCUCGGAACUGGAAUUGGACGAUGUUGUUAUCACAAACCCUCACUUUGAGGCAAUCCUGGAAAAUGAGGAGUGGAUCGAGGAUGCCUCGGGUUUGGUGUCACAUUGCAUUGAGAUUCUCAAGAUAUGUCACACUCUAACUGAGAAACUCGUUGCCAUGACGAUGGGAUCGGGUGCGAAGAUCAAAUCUCCAGCCAGGCUGAGUGAUAUUAUCGUGGUAGCGAAGAGGAUUAGCCCAAGGGUGGAUGAUGUCGUGAGAUCGAUGUAUCCUCCGCUGGAUCCCAAGCUCCUGGAUGCCAGAACCACUGCCCUCCUGCUCUCGGUCAGCCAUCUUGUGUUGGUCACCAGGAAUGCCUGUCACAUGACUGGAAGCCUUGACUGGAUUGACCAGUCCAUCUCCUCAGCCGAGGAGCACAUGUCGGUGCUGAGGGAGGCUGCUCUGGCAAGUGAGCCCGACAGAAACCUCCUGGGUUGUGACAACUAUUGCCAGGAACAGUCUGCAAUAUAGCCCUGGGCCUGGCCACCAAUCAGUAGGAGAGAGCCUGGUCUUUUCCUGCUCAAACAGCUCAGUUUCAUCUUCAACUAUUUCAUAACCACCACAGCACGGUUUAAUCAAUCUGUGUAGUGUGUGUUCAACAUUACUGUUCAAAUGAUCUUCGUACUGAAGGUCAGACAGUAACAUCAAUCACAGUCUUGAGUCUGGUUGGUUUUUCAUGUUCACGAUAAGCCUAAGAGCAUAUUUGAUCGUUGUUUAGUAACAUUUCUAACAAUCUCAUGCUUUACUGCUUUUAAAACCUCACUUAUUAUAACUCUUUGCUUCCUGCAGAUGUUUCUACAAAUAUCUUUCUCAUGCCCCCGAGUUGUUAAGGAACUAGUACAAUGGGAGAGGGGUCUUCCUUUAUUUGAAUAUGUAGUGACUGGGAAUGGUUGACGGGAUUAGUUGCAAACUAUUUGAAUCUCCACAUGAUCAGAAUAUAGAGUUUACUUCCUUCAUCUGAUCUCCCAAAGGUUGAUGCAAAAUCUGGAAAGAGAUUUUAAUGGCAUUGGAAAUUCUCCCAAACAUUUAUUAGAGGUGCACAAUGUCCACUACAGGCCAUUUAUGUUGAGAUUGGACUACAAAAUGCCGUUAGGGAGUAAAAGCAAAUGAAAUAAUUUGUGAACGGAGCAUUGGCCUUUAUAGGAAGGAUGAUGGAAGACAAAAGCAGGAAAGCCUUGCUACGAGAGCACAAAGUGUUGGGGAGGUGGCAGUGGGAGCUAUGUCCUUUGGAAAAAGCACAUAUUUUGAACUGAUGCAGCAAAGAUUUGCUGGAUUAAUUCCUAGUAUGAGAAUUGACUUCCAAAGCAGGUUUGUGGAAAAUGGAGCCGAUAUUUUCUGGGGUUCAGAAGUGGGAAUGGUAAUCUGGAGUUAUUUUGGGGUAUUGUGCGUUCCAUUACAGGAAGGAUAUGGAAGCUUUCAGGAAGGUGUCGAGGAGGUUUACUAGAAUGAUGGACACAAACUAUUGGAGAAACUCAAAGGGUCAGGCAGCAUCCCUGGAGAACAAGGAUAGGUAACGUUUUGGGUCGUGACCACUCAACACUUCACUAGAAUGUUGUCUGGAUUACGGAGUAUUAGCUACAUGGAGUGAUUGGACAGAGUUUGUAUUGUUUUCCCAAGAACGCCAGAGGUUGAUGGGUGACCUGGUAGAAAAAUAUAAAAUCAUGAGAGAUAGACAGGCAGAACCCUUUUCCCUGGAUAGAAAUAUCAAACAGUAGAGGGGAUGAGAGAAGCAAAGUUUCAAGGAGAUGUGAGGAGCAUGUUUUUAAACACAGAGUGUGGUGAGUGCCUGGAACAUGAUGUUGAAGGUGGUGAUGGACAUCAAGGGACCCUUGGAUAGACUCAUGGAUAUGCAGCAAAUGGAGGGAUAUGGACUAUGUGCAGGCAGAUAAGAUUUGACCUUGGCAUCUUUUUCGGCACAGACAUUGUGGGCCAAAGGUCCUGCUACUGUGCUGUCAAUAGACAAUAGGUGCAGGAGUAGGCCUUUCGUCCCUUCAAGCCAGCACCGCCAUUCAAUGUGAUCAUGGCUGAUCUACUUGUGAAUUGUGAAUCUGCCCUGCCAGUAUAGUUCCUCAUAUUCCGGGGUAGUGUAGAACAUAAUUUGUCACUUGUCAGAAAUAGGGAAUAAUUUCUUCUGUUAAUAGGUUGUGAUCUUUGGAAUUUUCUCUCCCCCAUUAACUGUAAAUGUUGUUUUGUUAAGCAUAUUUAUGGUUGGCAUAGCGGGGACUGGAUUUUAAAAAGUGUAGUUAAAGCAAACAAGAACAAUAUUGGGGUAAUAUUGAACUGAGGGGCUAGUUUGGGGGUUGGUUUGGCUGACUCCUGUUCAUAUAUCUUACAUUCUUGCUAUGUUUUAGCAAAGCUGAUGAUCACUGUACUUUAAACAGAUUAGCAGGAUAGAUCAGAGAUUGCUGAUAUGUAAGCAAUAUUAAUAAGGUGCCAUUUCUAAUCAUUUAUGUUAGCAGAGUAAAUUGUGCAAAGGAUCUCAAACUGAGUGGGCUUCUCUGAACUAUUCUGCAUUCUACAUCCCUGGCAAUCAACUCUUCAUUCCCAGUCACUGCAUUACCUUGCAUUGCACAGUGGCUGUGUUGCCAUCUGAGAAAGAUGCAAUAAUAUUUGCCUUGUGUGAACGGCUGACUUUAGACUCUAGAGAUACAGCGUGGAAACAGGCUCUUCGCCCCACCAAGUCGGCGCCGACCAGCAAUCAGCCCGUACACUAGCACUUGUGAUCGAUGGUCAGCAUGGACUUGGUGCUCCGAAGGGUCUGCUUCCAUGCUGUCUGUCUAAACUAAACUAAAGAUUAAAUGUCAAAGUCCUGGUAACAGAGACAGGCAUCUGAACUGCAAUGGUUUUUAAAAUAAAUCUGUGCAUCUGA